CGUGUUCUCCACAGAAAUGGCAGCGUCUUUGCAGAGGUUGUGAACAUGUUUGAUACAGAUUCUGUCGUAACAAAAGAUAAUGUUUCAUCAGCAGUCAACGAAAUGAUUAGGUCAUGUACAGGACAAGAAAGUAUAUGUGGAAAUUUGGCCAUUUCGUCGGCAAGUGCAAAGUCCACGUGUGACCUUGAUGCGUGCGACUCAACCACAUCUGAGUGCGUGGAGAUAGAUGGUUUUACGCAGUGCAAUUGCCUCCCUGGGUUUAUACAACAAGAAUAUGCACGUUUAUGCUCAGUUUGCCCCAUUCACUCCAAGGAGGAAAAUGGAACUUGUGUCAAGUGUCAGAGUCCGGCCUCUGGAUACAACUGCAUGAGCUGCCCAGACGGCUACAAAAAUGAAAAUGGAACAUGCAGGAUGUGUCCCUUUGGCUACAAUGGAAAAAAUUGCGAGGACGGCUCUCUCCUGGCACUGGUGAUCGUGGCUGUUUGCUGUGGGGUACUGAUACUCGCCUUGGGAAUCACAUUAAUCGUGACGAAUAUCAGGAAAAGGAAAGGAAAGGGAUACAGCGAUGAUGGAGACGAUGCCACACCAACAUUUGGAUAUUUACAUAUGAAAAAGAAAGCAAAGGUUGAAGAUAUGGACAGCAAUUCACCUUCAGCUCUGUAUGACUUAUACACGGCGAUCCCAAGAGUUACUGCUAAAAUAACGAGCGAGUCCUUCAAUCAUGCUCAGAAUUCAUCUCGGUAUGAACCUGAAGACGAUGACUCUGACAACAAAACAAGUUCUACUGGACACACAAAUGUGGCUGCUAAUAAUGCUCAUGACACCUACUAUUAGCCUAAGGUGCUGUGUAAUCAGUAGUUUUCAUGGCUUUCAAUUAUUACAUGAAAAUUACGAGUAAAAGGACCUCCAUCUAAGUACAGUAACACCCCGAUUUACGCCCUCCUGCUUUACGUACUUGUUAUAAUGUACUCAACUUAUUGAUACCCAAUAUCAUUUUACGUACUGUGUACCUCGCGAUAACAUACUCGAGAUUUACUAACUCAAGCAUUUAGCCCCGAAUUGUUUAGGUGCCAGAUGGCACCCAAGUGUUAGCGUCUCUGACUGCUGGAGUAUAUUUCAUGUGUACUCAAUUAAUAUUUUUUCCCCACAUACCGUAUUUAUGGCGACUAUUUCUAUACUAGCAUUUUUGCCCAUCCAAGGACGGGUGUAUAUUGCAGUAAAUCUGAAAUAUUCAAUAGAAAAAUUGCUCAGCUCAUGAUUAUUAAUG